AUGGAGUAUGAGUUGUGUUUUAGAAAGUGUAACAAUGAACUAAAUCUUAUUGCUUAUAAUGACGUAGACUGGGCAUCUUCGUUGGAUGAUAGACACUGUACGACAGGUUAUUGCUUCAGCUUAACUGAAAAUGGUCUUCCCAUAUCGUAGACGUCUAAAAAACAACCCACGAUUGCUCUUUCCACAUGUGAGGCUGGGUAUGUUAAUCUGGCAGCCACUACUCACGAAAGCUUAUAUUUGAUGAAAUUCCUAUUUAGUAUAGGUAAAACAUAUAAGUACACAAAUGUAUAUGAGGAUAACCAAGGGGCAAUAGCCUUAAGCACGAAUCCAGUGAACAGACAAAGAUGUAAACAUAUAGAUAUUUUAAAAUAUAAUUUCUUACGAGAAGUACUCAUGCUGCUCAUGAAAGGUAAGAUAGACAUUGUAUACUGCCAAACGGAACAUAAUAUGGUACCGGACAUCUUCACAAAACCAGCUAAAAGAGUAGUAGCUGGAAAAGGUUUAGACCUAUUCUAAUUGGAUCUCAAUCGAUGUAAUUGUGUUUGCUGGUGUUUUGUUAAGUUUAUAGUGGGGGGAGGGACAUUUGUUUAAUUAGCAUAUAUAUUUCAAGGCUUCAUUAGGUCCAAAUCACAAAUAAAUGUAAAUAGCUUUAGGGCCUGUUCAUAUGGGGAUUGAUUUUCUCCGUUAGCGAGAAAAUAUUUCGACUAGCCAAAUAAUUUUGUUCUGUUCUUACGGAGAAACGUUAUCCCACUUACCAGGUAAAGUUUCCGGCUGUGACGUAGCACAGGUGUGACGCACUAUUGAAAAGUUGCUGCCAAGACAAAAAUUUUCCCGCUAAGCGGGAAAGUUGUGCAUUAUAAUUAUGUUGUGUUCAUAUGAGACAAAAAUUUUUCUGUGUACCAAGACCUCGCCGGUCAACAAGCAAGAUCUCCGAACAUGGGAAAACGUUUCGUUUCAUGUAAACGCAGUAUAUUAUUUUCACAACAAGGCGAAAUCUCGCUUGUGAACUUGUCGAAUUUUUUUCUCGCUAACCGAGGUAACUUUCCCCCAUAUGAACAGGCCCUCUAAUUAGUGCGCUUUCCAUUAACACGGUCAGAACGAUCAAAUUGUUAAAUAUAUGGAAUACAAAACUAGUCAUUUUGGAGAUUUUUUAAGUUUAAAUCUUCAAAAUUUUGCAGACCUGAUGUAAUUAAGAUAGGGGGUCUUAAACUAUUCUCUUCUGAAGAAAAAGCUGAUGCUUUUAAUAAUUAUUUUGCGUCAUGUUUAUCUGCGACUUAAAUUCUUCUUUACCUUUAAUUUCUCCUUUGCAGUCAUCAUCAAACUUUCUUGCCUCAAUAACUGUUUCUGAAUUUGAAGUUCAAUCUUGUUAUCCAGUUUGUCAUCCUCUAAGGCUACUGUUCCUGAUGGCAUAGCAGCAUAUCUUUUAAAGCGCUGUUCCGAAGUCAUCGCUCCGUCUUUAACAGUUCUCCUCGAGUUAUCUCUUCAGCAGGGUGUAUCUCCUUCUGAAUGGAAAUCUGCUAAUGUGGUUCCAAUACCUAAGAAAGGUGACGCUCAUGAAGUCACCAAAUACAGACCUGUUUCAUUGCUCUCCCAAGUCUCAAAAGUACUUGAACGCUUGAUUAUUAGACAGGUUUCUUCUUUCAUCAAGGACUCUUUGUAUGACAUUCAACAUGGCUUUCGCUGCAAUAGGUCAUAUGUUACUCAACUUUUGAAUGUGUUUUACGAUCUCCGUCGUGCUCUUGAUUCUAGCAAUGAGAUUGAUCUUCUUUAUCUUGAUUUUGCUAAAGUUUUGACUCCGUAUCUCACAGCAAACUCUUGUAAGAACUAA